UGGUUGGGAUGACGGUUCUGUUUACAAUUUUGUUUACUUUUUGAAAUUUGUUUUAUUGGUUAUUUUGGUGUAUAAAUUAAUUUAGUAUUUUAAAAAUGAGUUUUAAGACUUACAAAAAUAAAAUAGAUGAAGGAGACACAGUUAUUCUUUAUUUGAGUAAUAACCUACACGCCAUCGAUGUGAAACCUGAAAUAAAAAACAAAAAAGGUGAAAUGGUAGAAAAUGUUUAUCAAACAACUUUUGGCGCAUUGAAAGUACGGAAUCUUAUAGGAGUUGAAUAUGGUAGUCGUGUAGAGCUCUCAAAAGGCUGGGGUCACGUCCUGCAGCCAACACCAGAGCUGUGGUCAUUAACAUUACCACAUCGGACACAAAUUAUCUAUACUCCAGAUAUAAGUAUGAUAGUUCUUCAGUUAGAUUUGGUUCCUGGAUCUAUAGUUGUUGAAGCAGGAACAGGCAGCGGUUCUCUUACACAUGCACUGAUUCGCCGCGUGCGCUCGCAUGGCCACGUGUAUACGUUUGACUUCCACGACCAUCGUGCUAAACUCGCACAAGAAGAGUUUGAAAGCCAUGGCUUGGCAGAUUUCGUUACGGUAACACAAAGAGAUGUCCUUGAUCAAGGAUUUGGAGAAGAGCUAUACGGAAAAGCGGAUGCCGUGUUCUUAGAUCUGCCAAGCCCUUGGGCAGGAAUACCUCACGCUGUCAAUGUUAUAAAGGACGAAGGCGGUCGUUUCUGCUCGUUCUCGCCGUGCAUCGAACAGGUGCAGCGCACGUGCCAAGGUCUGCAGCAGCAUGAGUUUCAGGACAUCAGCACCAUGGAGGUGCUCCAGACAGAGCUACGGGUCAGCAGGAGAACUGUUCCUAUCCGUGACUUAUCCUUCUUGAAGCAUAAGAGCGCGGAAAAACCAGUUGAAGAGAAGCCAAGCAGUGAGAAGAGUUACGUGGUGGCGGCUUGGCCGAGCUCCACUCCGGGUCAUACCGGCUACCUCACAGUUGCGACGCUACCCCCCACCUUCUUGAGAAGAAAGAUCAGGAAGACUCCUGAAGUUGACAGAAAAGUAUUGGAUGAACAAUCGGACAGCAGCGAAGAUAAAAUGGUUAUCGACGAGAGUCGUUUAUGAUUUUGUAAUGCAUUAUUUGAUUUAAUUAAAUGAUUAAUAUUCAA